AUUGGCAGGGACGUGCCCGUUCCACGACUGGGUUCCGGCAGGUCCCUGGAGGGGGAUGGCACGCCGCGGCCGCCCAUGUUCCACCGAGGGGGCUCCUGGUGAAAAAAGACCCUGGCUCUCCCCCCUGCCCUCCUGGCGUGCUCCCGGUCUGUCUUCCCCUCCAUCUGUCUGUCUCUCCCCUCCUCUUGUCAAGGCGAGGAGGGAGGCAGAGCACGCUACCUGAUGGAUCGCAUGACAGAGGACGCCCUGCGCCUGAACCUCUUGAAACGGAGCCUGGACCAAGCCGACGAGCGGGAUGACGUCCUCGCCAAGAGGCUGAAGAUGGAGGGCCACGAAGCCAUGGAGCGUCUGAAGAUGCUGGCAUUGCUCAAGAGGAAGGACCUGGCGGGUAUCGAGGUGCCCCAUGAGCUGCCGGUCAAGCAGGAUGGCCUGAAAGUCUAUGAGGAGAAGCUCAACGGGAACCUGCGGCCCCACGCAGACAGCCGGUCCUCAGGGAGGCCGGGGAAGGAGAACAUCAACGACGAGCCGGUGGACAUGAGUGCAAAGAGAAGCAGUGACCAGGACAGGGGGCGGCUCACCCCCUCGCCAGAUAUCAUUGUCCUUUCCGACAAUGAGGCCUCUAGUCCGCGCUCCAGUUCCCGCAUGGAAGAAAGACUCAAGGCUGCCAAUCUGGAAAUGUUCAAGGGCAAAGGCAUUGAGGAGAGGCAGCAGCUCAUCAAGCAACUCCGGGAUGAGCUGCGGCUUGAGGAGGCUCGGCUGGUGCUGCUGAAGAAGCUACGGCAGAGCCAGCUCCAGAAAGAGAACGUAGUACAGAAGACUCCGGUUGUCCAGAAUGCAGCAUCUAUUGUCCAGCCAUCUCCUGCCCAUGUUGGACAGCAGGCUCUGUCCAAACUUCCCUCCCGGCCUGGAUCUCAGGGGGUUGAGCCCCAAAACCUCCGCACAUUACAGGGUCACAGCGUCAUCCGAUCAGCCAGCAACACGACCCUUCCCCACAUGCUUAUGUCGCAGCGUGUCAUCGCACCAAACCCCACCCAGCUGCAAGGACAGCGCAUCCCCCCAAAACCAGGCCUCAUCCGCACCACCACUCCGAACAUGAGCCCUGCCAUCAGCUACCAGCCGCAGUCCAGCUCAGCUGUCCCCUGUCAACGCACCACGUCCUCCACCAUCUACAUGAACCUUGCCUCCCACAUCCAGCCGGGCACGGUGAACCGGGUCUCAUCGCCACUGCCCAGCCCCAGCGCACUCAAUGACGCUGCCAACUCCCAGGCAGCUGCCAAGCUCGCCUUGCGCAAGCAACUGGAAAAGACUCUCCUGGAGAUCCCGCCCCCCAAACCUCCCGCCCCGUUGCUCCACUUCCUGCCCAGCGCAGCCAACAGCGAGUUCAUCUACAUGGUGGGGCUGGAGGAGGUGGUGCAGAGCGUCAUCGACAGCCAAGGCAAAGCUUGCGCCUCCCUUUUACGAGUGGAGCCUUUCGUUUGUGCCCAGUGCCGCACGGACUUCACCCCGCACUGGAAGCAGGAGAAGAAUGGCAAAAUCCUGUGUGAGCAAUGCAUGACUUCCAACCAGAAGAAGGCACUCAAGGCUGAGCACACUAACCGGCUGAAGAAUGCCUUCGUCAAAGCUCUGCAGCAGGAACAGGAGAUAGAGCAGCGGCUGCAACAGCAGGCAGCCUUGUCUCCCACCACGGCUCCUGCCAGCGUGUCCAGCGUCAGCAAACAGGAGAGCAUCAUGCGACACCACACACUCCGCCAGGCACCACAACCCCAGAACACCCUGCAGCGCGGCAUCCCCACUUCGGCCCGCUCCAUGCUAUCCAACUUUGCACAGGCCCCACAGCUUUCUGUCGCAAGUGGCCUCCUUGGCAUGCCAGGUGUCAACAUUGCCUACCUGAACGCGGGGAUCGGGGGCCACAAAGCAUCAAGCCUGGCAGACCGGCAGCGGGAGUACCUUUUAGAUAUGAUCCCGCCACGCUCUAUAUCGCAAUCCAUCAGCGGGCAAAAAUAACGCCAGCUGUGCCCUCCCCUUUCCCCUCCCUGUGACCUCUGGACCCCCCCCCCCCAUGUCCGUCGCAUGCAGUGCCUGUUCUGGUGCCUACCAUAUGUGGAGGAAAAGACAAAAAAAAAGAAGAAAAAAGUCAAAAAAAGAAGAAAACAAAACACACAAAAAAAAGAGACAAGAACAUUUCAAAAAAACCUUCAGCAACCUGCUCUCUUCUGAAAGACGUCUUUCUCUCUCGUCUCUCUUCUCAUCUCUGGAUUUUGUUAGCAGCGAGAGUUCCCCCCUUAACCAACCUCCUCCCCAUUGCCCCGAUUCUGCCCGAGGUCAGAAUGUGUCUGCUUUGGACCCUGCACUAUACACACGUUAACGCUUGUUUUAUGCUCCUCUUUAUUUUUAAUUUUGCGAAUUUGUAACGACGGCGCGUAGAAUUUUUAAUGGUUGUGUUCUUCUUUUUAUUCAUGUUUUAUUUUCCUCCGUUGGCUUAAAAGAGAUGGUUAAAAACAAUCUUUUUUUUUUUGGUUUAAGAAUCUUCCUAAAAAAAACUUUUCAAAGGCUCUUAACUCCUCCCAAACGGUCCGCUGUUUGGGGGCUUUGGCAGAAGCGGUCUAGAGGUGCUUCCCCGCAGGAAGGGGGACAGGGAAGCCACCCCCAUGGGUGUGGCUGAGUAUGGAAAAGUCACAACGCCGGUGGUUAGCUGCACCCAGAGAGUCAGGCUCGGUGUGGUGCCCGCCCUAACCACUGCUGGGGUCGGUAAAGGGUGCCAUCCUGCCCUUUUGUCCCAGAUUCCUAUAGGAAGGGCUGCCGACUGGAAUCGAAGGGCCCAUUCUGCUCUAAUGCAGUACCGCCGCUGAUCCAGGCACCAUCUGCGGUCUUGGAAAUGGACGUAUUGAUGGCAAAAGAUGAACCGCGCAGUGUGGGCUUUCCGGUGCUCGUUUCCUUCAUUGUCUUCUUUGCCGUCCGUUUUUCCGCAGCUGUAACCCUGUCCCACCUCCAUAGCAUUAAACCCCACCUGAUCCAAAGGAACCACAGCCAUCGCAACAGCACCCCCAUGAGUCUUUCUGCAACAAAUCGGGAGGCUGUCUCUCUGCUCUCCAUCUGUCUACUGUUCCAGUCUCUGACACAUGUGUCCACCUUCCAGCAGAGGGACCCAUCUGGAGAUGCUUGCUCACCACAUCAGUCUGCCCUUCCGAAACAUAGACCAUCUCUUUUCAACAUCAGAUGACUGCCAUAGAGAUGAUGCAGGGAGGCUGCCGCCCCCAAGAAGUCUGGCUGAGAAACAGGAGGCCCAGUCAGUGCCAUCAGAUUUGCCGCUGUCUUUGCUUGUAAGAGGAGAAAGUACCUCUGCGCUCAGACCUGGAAGCCUUCUCCUAACACCACAUGUUUGCUAGUGGAGAGUGAAUGGCUUUGUCACCUCCAAGGACUUUGCAAGGUUUAGUAUCACCACCAUGCACUUUUGCCUUCAACCAAGCUCCCGUUUUCUCCAUCACUGUUAACAGUUCUCCAGGGUGAAAUGUGGGUUCAGAGGAACAGGGUGGACCUUCUCCUUUUGAGGUUCCCUUCCCAGGUUAGCUUUUUGUUUUUCCCCUCCGCUAACACUCCCUCUUUCCCCUUCCAACGCAACAGCCAGACACCGCUGUGGCCUCAGAUUCCCUUGGAAACUCCCAGGAGAUCCCCUUCCCACCCCACUAAUCUCUUCAGGGCCUGUGUUGUUUCUUUGUGCCCACUCCGUUCACACUCACCAUCUCUUCCAUCCCUCUCCAUCACUGAGCACUUACAAAUAAACUGGAGGUGGGUGGAAGAGCGCAUGUGUUUUUGGAAGGGGGCACUAUUUGGUGAGGGCACUGGGUGCUUUGUAAAAGCUGGGAACAGAUGAGCAGCACUUAUGUGUGUCAAUGUGUUCAUGGACAAACAUAAAUAUAUAAUACACAUGCACACACAUAUAUGUGUUACCUAUCCUUUGCCUGAAUCUGUCCUACCCAGGUUUGCAUUCUCUAAAAUGUUUUGGGGGGGGAGUUCACUCCUGUUGCUUUUGGCUCCCUGGCGAACCUGGGGGUGCCGCUGUGGCUUCCUUUAUCUAAGGCUAUAUUGAGUUUUAAGUCUGCUCCUAAUCCUCGAGAGCACCUUCCUCCUCAAUUAAACCCUCUCCCUUUGUACCUUCUCUCUGAACUUUAAUCUUCCCCCCUCCAUCACCAAAAAACCAAGUGCCAUUGUCCUUCCCUCCCCUAGAGCCCCUCCCCGUCCCCUUUAGAAAUCAGGCGUUCUCAAGAGUCCCAAUGCACCUUCCUUUAUGGGUUGAGAUUAGCGUUUAGGGGAGGGGGUUGGCGGUGUUGGUAAUUUCCCCCUCCCCUUUACGAUGGUGGUGGUGAUGAUUAUGAUGAUGAUGAUAAUGAUGAUAUUAAAAAAUGUGCAAUAUUUUUGCCCCCUUGUCGUAAAUGGCUCCGGGCACAGGCUUGAAUGGCAAACAUUCAACGGUAGCAAAUCGGACACGGUUUUUUCCGGCUUUUGGAGGACAGGGGUUGACCAUGCAGAACUUCUGCCUCCGUUGCUUUCUGUCAGGUGGGUGGAUUUUUUAAGACGUAUGGGUGAAACCUGUGCACCACCCUCCCACCCCCAUAGGGAUCUUGUGGCACAUUGGUCAGUCGGUGUCGGGCUUGUUCUCUGUCCCUCCCACCUUGCUUCCCUUUCCCCAUGCAGGUGUUGUUUAGACGGCCGCAUCCCAAACCAGUCUCUGGUCCUCAAUCCAUCACCUUAGGUAUUAUCGGGACCCCCCUUUAGAAGCAACCAUGUUAGCAAAGAGGAGUUGGCCAAGUCUUAGAAGUCACCCCAAGCUACCACCUUUGGGAGUUACUCAUCCCUUUGGCUUUCUGGAGGCAACAGGGACAUACCAUGAAAUCGACAGGUUUUCCCAUCAAGUGUCCCCAGCUGGAAGAUCCCUUCUGUUGGGAUCUUCUGGGGAGCAGUUGUAAUUUCUUUUACUACCCUUUUAUCCUUUGUGCGGAGAGUGUCAGGAGGAGAGGAGGGAGAGAGUAGCCCCGGAGUAAAAGUAUUCUUUAAUCCAUGGGAAGGGUGUCUUUUUCUCCCUACUUCAUCAGGAACAGCAGGACUUUGACUGCGAUGUCCCCCAAAACCUCCUUAUUUUACUCACUCGUCCCAGUUGAGUUCCCUGUCCCUGGUUUUCUCAACAAGGAAGGCAUCUUUUUCCACUCCCGCUCUUUUCUUCUCUCUCUCUCUCUCUCUCGUUCUCUCUUUUGCAUUUUUUGGGAUGUGAUAUAGAAAAAUCAUCCUGUUAAAUAAUUUCAUCUUUGUUUUUUGUUUUUUUAAGGUACAGAAUUAAGGGUUUCCUUUCCUGGCUUCUUUAACAGCCUUUCUUUUACAGCUUAGAUAUAGAUGCUUUGUGGUUGAUGCCGUUUUAUUUUCUUAUUUUCAACAACAACAAACCAACCAACCCUUGUAUUUUCUUCAGGAAAAUUAGAAAGUGUAACUCGCCUCGCGCCCCUCGGCCUCCGUUUCCCCGAACCCCUUUUUAUUUUUCUCCCCCAUUCUUCCGACCCCUUUCCUCGCCUCCCCGAACCCCCCCCCCAUGAAGAUACCUUCUUCGCUUAACAAAAUAUUUGCUGCCGAAAACAUUAUAACAAGGACUCUUUUUGUUGUAUAUAAGCUAUUUCUUGACACAUUUAAAGAAAAAAAACCGAGAAAAAAAAACUGAAACAAAACUUUAAAAAUAAUAAUAAUAAACCAAGAGGGGAGGAGGGACACCCCCUUUCCUCCCCCCAUGACAAAAAAAAAUGGAAAUUGUACAUUGUGUAGAGAAAAACAAAACAAAACGACAAAAAAGAAACAAGACAGCUUAGCCAUGAAUAUUGUGAAAAAGUUGUUAACGUCCUUUUGUAGUGUGAACUUUUUUGGUGUAUGACAUUAAAAUGUGCAAAAGGUGGGCUUCCUGGGAAUUUGGGGGGGGCAGAGAGGUUCAAGGAGGGGGUCGUGCAGCUCACAGCACACUCCAACCCAGCCAUGCGCCCUCCCCAAAGAACCGAAAACGGAUUCAGCCAUCGUCUUUCCUCCCCCCGUAAAAGGUGCCUUGUCUUCCUCUUGAAUACAAAAUCAGAAGUCCACCAGCAAAGAGAUACACACACACACACAACCUUGGUGAAACCUGGAGAUAUAUGCUUUCUCUUCCGGCUUCUUCCAGCACCAGUUAGGGUUCAAAAGAGCUUUCUCUGCCCUCCCGCUUUCCAGUUUUCCAGAUGGGGCAAAGGGACGGCGGAGCGAAAACAGUAUUCGUGUCCACCCUUCCUAUUAAACUGUAAAUAAUAUUUGCACUGUAGCUUUUUUGUGGGUUUUUUCAGGCAAUGUGUGCCCAUGUUCUAGAAGAGUUUAUUCCUGACUUUUCGCCGGUAUCUAUGGCUGGCAUCUACAGAGAAUGCAGGCAUGGGAGAGA